AACCUGCACCCGUAAAACUCGCACUCGAACGCGCUAUUGACACGUCAUUCGACGUCGCUGCGCUCUUGUUAAACAAUGGACUUAACCAGUAGUCGAUAGUCGGUAAAUCUAAUUUACGGCUUUUGUCGAAACAUUCUUUUAAUCCAACUAGUUCAUUGCACGAUUCCCGACGUUUUCAAGAGCGCUCGUCGAUGGCUGCUCGUGAGCUCAAAUCUUACAGGGCUGAUAGUCAUUAGCGUAUCAUUUGUAAACACGGAAGAAAACAUUCGAACCUUUGACUCGGUGGCGCUGCUCGCAAUGUUUUUUCACUCACUCACUGCGCAUCGUAUACAGCUCGGUAUAACUUACCUUGUAUUGUCCAUUUCUGCUUUGCGUUAUUAAUUUUGAAAGAGUGUCAAUGUAAAGAAGUAUUUACUUAUGAUCGUUAUUGCUGGAUGGAUUAUUCCCUGAUAUUUUGUAUCAGUAGUGAAGUUUCAUGUUCAUUCGAUUGAGUGUUGAUAUAAACUCGCUCGAGAAUGGGUGGGGCAGUUAGCAAUGGGCAGGACAAUGACGAUCUGGUGGACACACUGUUGAAGUCAGGAUACAUAAAGUCCAAAAAAGUUGAACAAGUGUUUCGUGCCAUCGAUAGAGCCGACUAUGUCUUAGUGGCUCAUCGGAAUAAUGCAUACAAAGAUCUUGCUUGGAAACAGGGCAAUAUUCACUUGUCGGCACCAUGCAUAUACAGCGUGGUCAUGGAAAUUCUUUCUUUGGAAUCUGGAAUGAGCUUUUUAAACCUCGGAUCUGGCACGGGCUAUUUCAGUACAAUGGCUGGCCUAAUAUUACAGCAACACGGGACUAAUCACGGAAUAGAAUUACACGAGGAUUGUCUCAGAUAUUCCUAUGAACGUCUGGAGCAUUUCAAAAAUAGUUCAUUGGCUUUGUAUGAGUAUGAUUUUUGUGAGCCUAUUUUCAUUCAAGGUAAUUGUCUCAGUGCCACACCUGGGAGAAGGUACGACAGGGUAUACUGCGGAGCAGCCUGUCCGGAGAGUCAUGAGACCUUUAUCAAACAGUUCUUAAGUAUCAACGGAAUCCUCGUAAUGCCUUUUAAGGACCGUCUUGUUCGUAUCAUGAGAACCGGCGAAGACUCCUGGGUGCAGAAGCCCAUCCUUCCUGUGUCAUUCGCUACCCUGAUAGUUCCUGACGCCACCGAAACGAAUUUACUACAGCUGCCGGACAGCGAGCCUCCGUCCCUUCAGGAAAUCUGCUGCGGUAGAAUAAGAUGCCGUCUGAGGCAAAACGUGUGGUCGGAGCACCCGGAGAUAGAAUCGAAGAAGCAGUGCCCGCAGAAGAGCACCGUUCCGCCUACUCACGCCCUCAACGACUUCGCCUUCCCGAUCCUGGACUCCAGCGAGGACCAGUCGUCCGACGAUGGCAGCUACGUCAUUAGACGUCGCAUCUUGCUCAACUUCGAGUCCCGGUCGGAAUCCGCGAUCUCAACUACCCUCCAGCUGAUUCAAGCGGCGAUGCAGGGCGCCCAGGAUAACGACGUGGAUCUUUGGGACAGCGAUGAAAGGAGUACGGAGAAAUACAACUCAAGCUCCGUCGACCUGGAUGAAAGGGACGAGGAGGAGAGCGACGAAGCGCGGCCGUCGUCUGCUCGAGAGGGCAACGAGGUCCAGGUCCAAACCGAGGUCCGGGACGAGAGGAUGAGAGCAAACGGCCAGUCGGAGAAACUCGGCGAGAGGUCGCCGGACAAGCGCCCUGGCGAGGAGUAUUCUAACGCGAGCGACAGCGACAGCAACUCCGAGGGCGAGUCGCCCCUGGCCCAGAGGAAGAAGGUGGCGAAGAGGGAGAAGGUCGACAGCGGCAUUGCCGAGGAUGCCACUGGGAUGAGCGACCUCAGCUCGAACGCUGGCAGCAGCUCCGGCGGUGUCUCCAGGAGGCUGAACGGGUCGGCCGGGAAGGCGAAGAAAUCCGUCGAGGACAAUCGGUCUGUCGGCUCCGACGAGUCCAGGAGGUCGCCCGGGAACCGCGUCACCAGCUCCUCCGAGGAGAGCCGGUCGGGGUACUCCGACACCUCCAGGAGGUCCAGCUCGUCCGCCGGGAACGGCGCCAAGACCUCCGAAGAGGAGAACCAUGGGUCCAGCUCCGACGACUCCAGCAGCAACAUCGUCAAGACCGACGAUGAAUGCGAUAGGUCCGAUAAGUUCUACUUCGCUCAUUACACCGAUAGCGGCAACUUCGCCUAUUACAUGCAGGAGAAGAUCCAACAACUGCCGCUUCCCAUGUCCCUGAAAGUGCUCGUCAACUUUAACCGGGACUUGUAAAGUAAACGUUAAUAUUAAUAUAGAUAUAUAUAUUAUCUUAUAGAUAUAUAAAUACGUAUAUAGAUAUAUAUUAAUGUACGCCGGUAUUAUUUAAUGAAAUAUAACGCCUUUUUAUUACGCAUAUAGUUGGACGUGGGGACGCGUGCCUCCUCUCCUCGGCUUAGAGCGGAUUUUAUAGGAGACGAUCAGCUCACGCGUUUUGGGGCCGCGGUCGAAGAACAUGUUUAAUCGAGGGAGGAAGGUUCAACGGGCUAAUUAAGAAUUUGCGAUCGGAUUAGUAGUAAGAGGACGUUUAUGGCAAAAUUGUAGGGAUCUAUAUUUUGGCUUUAACGAAUUAGGAGGAGAUUUGUAUUACGAUUUGUUCCUGGCGGGUUUAAUUUGUGUCGAGGAGGGAAUUUGUAACGAGGAUAAGUUUCAGGGAUGAGAUUAAAAUUAAGUGUCUCUUAAAGUAUGAUUUGCCGUCGAUUUAAAUUUAAGUCGCGGAGGAAAUUUCCAGUGAACUUAAUAAGUUGAUGUUCAACGUCAACUUAUCUCUGCUCUUAAAAAAAAACGAUGGAGAUUAUAAAUCUCUUGCUUUUCAAGGAUUAUAAAGGGAAAUGUACUACAAUUAGUUCCUGUCUGGUCGAAUUUCUGCCGAGUAUGAAAUUUAUUACGGGGAUAAGUUUCAGGGUAGAGAUUACUCUUAAGGGUGUCUUAAAGUAUGGGUUGAUGUCGAUUUAAAUUUGGGUUGAGUAGGAAAUUUCCAAGGGGCCAAAUAAGUCUUCAACAUGAGUUCAUUCUUAAGGCGACUACAAUGAAAGGAUGAUUACAAUUUAUCUUCUUAACAGUUUAGAAAAGGAUUGCUAUCUAUUCGAAUUAGUGUUGCGUAGAAAAUUUUCAACAAGGCAAAUAGGCCUCCCUUGAAGAGAACAUUAAUUGAAAUGAUAAAAAUGAUCAGAAUGUUUUUAAGAAAUUAACAAAAGAAAAAUGUGACGAGUUGCUGUCAAUUUAAGUUUAUAUGUAGCUGGAAAUUUCCAAUUGCUUGGAUGAAUUUUGUUUAGCUAUAAUGUAUCAGUAGGCUGGUUAGAAUGAGUUCACUGUUUUGUUGGAAUGAUUUACUUGAUGAUAUUUUUUUUUUUUUUUUCGAACAGUGCAGAGUAACGAUAAUUAAUGUGAUUUCAAUUGAAAUAAACCCCGAGGUCCUUCGAAUGCAGACUUAGUACGAACUUAAGCUGCGUUGGAAAGCAUUUUUUUUAUAACUGACCGGCUCAGUGAAUAGACACAUUGUUUUGCUGUUUUUGAUAAGUUAAAUUCGUCAUUAAUAAAAAGAAAAGGAAUACUCAUU